AUGACUUCCAAGGCGUUUCCAUGCUACUCUCUUAUACAGCAAUUUGGAUGCACAAAGAACUCGAUAAUAAGUGAAUGCCAAAAUCUUAAACUUCUUUGCGAAAAUGAAAAUAUCUCGACCUACGACAGACGCUUUGGAUCACAAAAGCUCAAAAAUGUAUACGAAGACUCAAACUCACAAGAUACGAUUCAAGAAAUUAGGUUCAUCUUUCUGAAAUCGGAAGAGACAACCCCUAGUUCAAUAGAAAGCGCAACUCCACUAGAAAUUCAUCUGCCCGGUUUCGAUGGAUACAUGAUAACAAUUAUCUUUGUGCUCAUAAUCUUCAUCAUUGUGGUCUGGUCAUCUUUCAAAAAAUCAAGAAAACCUCCAACUGACCCUUCUUUCAAACCCGAAGCUCUUGUCUGA